UCAGAUUUCCUAAUUAUUAUCAGACUAACUCCCUGUGGCUAACCCACUGUGGCAGCCAACCAGCUGCCGUGUCAGGACCCACCCCGCGUCAUUUGGUCUUGUUAUCGGGGUUGCAGGUAUGCUCAACUGUUGUGCCCACUACUCACAUCUCUCUGCUUUUCGCUUCUACGUCAAGAGUUUUGCUGGUUAGGGGAUAAUGCCAUGAAAACUGUUGAAGAGGCUAGACGGAGAUGGGAGAUCCUCUCUAGCCAUGGCAAAAGCACAAACGACCUCAGACAAGCGGUCAAGGCGGAGGAAAAAGGCAGUCCCUGCGACGACGGCCUUAGAUCAGUAUAUUGGAAGGCAUUCCUGCUCUAUGACAACCUUGAACAGCCAGAAUGGACACAGCGACUAUCUGAUACGCGCAGUGCAUACGACUCCCUGAAAGACCAUUUCCUAAAGUACAUAAAACACCCAGAUGAUCUGGAAUCUACCGUGGACCCUUUAGCCGAGGACGACGAGUCUCCUUGGCAGGCCCUUCGCCGCGAUGAAGGUAUUAGAGCUGAAAUAUACCAAGACAUAGAAAGAUGUUUGCAGGAAAAUUACUUUUUUCGCGAACCAUCUACGAAAUCUAUAAUGUUAGAUAUUUUGUUUAUCUACUCGAAGCUGAAUCCCGAUCUAGGUUAUCGACAAGGGAUGCAUGAAUUGCUGGCCCCAGUUUUAUGGGUUGUCGAGCGUGAUGCCGUCAAACUGGAACUGCCAGUCACAACUCAUAUCGAUGGAGACGAUGAUUCGAUGUUACAUAUGCUUGAUGCCAAGUACAUUGAGCAUGACUCUUUCAGUAUAUUCUGCAGUAUUAUGCAGACUGCGAGGUCUUUCUACGAACACACGGAGGAAAAGAUGGUGAACGGCCAUGCGGAAAUUACACCUAUAGUCCGAUUAUGCGAGCACAUUCACAAUGAACUACUCAUGAUUGCAGACAAUGAGCUGGGUUCACAUUUAAACAGUAUCGAGAUUUUGCCACAAAUAUUUCUGACUCGGUGGAUUCGCUUAUUAUUUGGCCGAGAAUUCUCUUUCGAAGACACUCUUGUUAUGUGGGAUGUCAUUUUUGCCGAUGGGUUAAGAGUGACCCUGAUAGACCAGAUUUGUGUAGCGAUGCUUCUUCGAAUAAGAUGGCAAUUGCUGGAAUCCGACUACUCAUCUGCCCUGACACUCUUAUUGCGCUACCCGCCUCUUCAAGACCAUGGUGCUGAAAGUCUAGUACACGAUGCAUUGUUCCUGGAGCAGAACUCGAAUCCUGCGCGUGGAGCAUAUCUUAUCUCAAAGUAUUCGGGCCGUCCACCAGAGGCUGCCAAGCAGCCGUUACAUCACCGCUUGAAGGGAUCCUCUGCUAACAAAAGAGACCGCCUUCAAAGUGAUUCCCGUAAUGGUAGUGAAGAAAGCUCCCCAGGAAGGUCACCCGGAAGAAAUAAUCAGCGAAGCCUCGAAACUUUAUUCCAGGAUGUCUCGGAUGGACUGCAACGCCGAACGGAGAACUGGGGCGUCGCGAAAGCUGUUCGUGGUGCUGUGACUGAGGCCAGGCGUAACAUGGUCAAUAUAGAGCCCGGAAACGUGCCGUCUUUACGACCUUGGUAUAGCAGUCCGCGGUUUGGGACACCGUCACUCGGGCCUCUUAGGGAAACAGACUCGGCGAACCCGAUUACAAGGACAAUAUUGCCAGAGAAAGAAGAUGUCGACCUCGCACAACUUCUGAAAGAUUCACUAGAUGAGUUGUCUAUUGUGAAAGAAGCAGUAACGACUCUCGAACCUCGUGUUGCCGACGCACUACGAAAUGCGUACGAAAAAAUACGAACGGCUCAACUCAAGGCGCGCGCUUUGCAGACACAUGCGAUAGCAGCACCCACGAAGGAGGCGGAUAUUGUUUCCGAAAAGACAGACGCCGCCCAGGAUGAUCAUGAGCAGAAGAAAGAAAACAAGAGCUCCUUACCAAAGCCAUAUCCCAAAGAAGCCCAAAGCCGUACCCCUACUGUGGAAGUGCCAGGCCUAACCAAAGAUUCUGGGAUCGUUGCCACCUCCUCGCCUCCUCGAAAAGUAGCUCCCCGUCCACUACGGCCAGCAGCAUCUGCCUCAGCAGCUCGCCCACCAUUGGCAGAUUCCGAAUUUUCGUGGAUGCUAGGUGACAACACACACCGUUCUCAUUUUGUCAGUUCAGCCUCCCUACCCCCUGAUCAAAGGCGGCACAGCGAGUCGCAGUCAAGGCAGAGCCCUCUCUUUGGAGAAAAGCGAGAUCAGAGUCAGGCAGGGACUGCUGGUGAGGAAGAUGGCUUGCCCUUGAGCAGUUUCACAUAGUUGGCGUGACCCGCCCUGAUUUAGUGCAGCCACAUGACGCCUCACAUGGUAAAUACUAAGUCUACAGCAGCACAGUCGGAGCAGAUUGGAUAAAUAUAAAUCAAUUCACGAGUAAUUCAAUGAUAUGUAUCAAUUGCUGUAAUCCGAGAUGAUAUUAAUUGAUAUCCACCAAUCAUAAUCGGGUCUAGCCUAGCGACAAUCAGCCACCGCAGAUCCCCGGGUAUGAAGUCAUUCUAGAAUAAUGCGUCAACAACACUCGGAGUUAUUAAGAUGUACUGAUAAGUU